CUGGGUGCACGCCAUUUUAUAGGGGCACACAGAGCCGCACGACUGCAGUAGGGAAGCAUCGCACGCCCGAUACGUGUGGUGUGCCGUCGUGUUAACUGCCUACGCUCGCAACCCUCAGCUGUGCCGCAUUUGCACCCCUCAGCAGGCAGCAUUUGGAUAGCGGCUGCAGUGCGGCAUUGGUAACCGCAGCAUUUGGCAUAGCAGAUGGCCUUAAACUGAGAUGGCCGGCGACGUCGAAGCACCGCAACCGACGCAACCGACGGACGCGCAGCAGCGGCACGAGGCGCAGAUGCUCGGCUACGUGCUGGGCCUCUUCUUCUUCUACGUGCUGCACGACGCGCUGCAGGAGCGCGCGUUCCGGACGCCGGGCUUCGAGUUCGGGUGGUUCAUGACGGCCGUCGAGAUCGGCACGAUGUUCGUCUGCGCGCUCGCGUGGGAGGGCGGCCUCGCGGCGCUGCGGCGCCGCCGCGAGGCCGACGAGACGGCGACGCCCGCCGCCGCGCGGAACUACCUCGCGCUGCUGGUCUUCGCGAUCGCGCUGAGCCAGGGCACGGGCUCCGUCGCGCUGCAGCACGUGAACUACCCCGUCAAGGUCGCGUUCAAGUCGUGCAAGCUCGUGCCGACGAUGGCCUUCUCGCGCUACAUCGUCCGCGACGGGAAGCGGUACGGGGUCGACGACUACGCGGCGGCGCUCUUCAUGUGCGUCGGGCUCGCGCUCCUGAGCGCCGCGGACCUCGCGGCGCACGCCGAGCGGGACACGCAGGCGGCGGGCCUCAUGCUGCUAGUCGUCGCUGUCUGCUCGGACGCGGUGAUCCCGAACCUCCAGGAGAAGCUGCUGCGGGGGCUCAAGCUGCCGCUCGGCUCGAUGGUCGUCCUGUCGAACGCGGGGUCUUUCCUCGUCGUCCUCGCGUUCAUCGCGGCGACGGGCGAGCUGGGGCGCGCCGUCGCGUACCUGCGCGUCCAUCAAGAUGCGGCGCUCUGGCUCCUCGCCCAGGGCCUGGUGGGCUACGCGGGCCUGCGCUGCUACCUGAACGUCAUCCGGGGGCUCUCGGGCGUCGCGGGCGUCCUCGCGACGUCGGCGCGCAAGGUCGUGACGCUCGUGCUGUCCUUCAUACUAUUCAAGAAGCCGUUCACGGGCUCGCACGCGACGGCGCUCGCCGUGCUCGCCGUCGGCGUCGGCCUCGGGAUCCGUGCGAAGCACCGCAAGCCGCGGUGA